AUGUCCAUCGUGAGGAUGAAGUCACUUAUACUGGUCACAGCCGCGUUGGCUUCACUCUUUACAUCCUCGCAAGCCCUUUACUUCUACGUCGAUGGCACGACGCCAAAGUGCUUUUACGAGGAUCUGCCCAAGGACACCUUGGUCGUCGGCACAUACAAAUCCGAAGCCUACAACGCACAAACGCAAUCCUACUUCGUGACCAACGACCUGGCCAUCCAAGUAACUGUGGAAGAGACAUUCGACAACGACCACCGAGUCGUCACGCAGACGUCGACGUCGUCGCACACGCCCUCGAAGUUCACCUUCUCAGCCGCCGACGCGGGUCUGCAUCGUCUGUGCUUCACGCCCUCGGGGCCCGCGGCCGUCAGCGUGGGAGGCUGGUUCUCCGGUGCGGGCGUCACGGGCGGCGGGGUGAAACUGACCAUCGACAUGGCCAUUGGCGAGACCAGCAAGAUUGAGAGCGAGGAUAAGUCCAAGAUCGACAGCAUCGUCGCAAAGGUCAAGGAGCUGAACGGGAGAUUGUCGGACAUCCGUCGCGAGCAGAUCUUCCAGCGGGAACGAGAGGCCGAGUUCCGUGAUCAGAGCGAGUCGACUAAUGCAAAGAUUGUGCGCUGGACGCUGAUUCAAUUGGGUGUCCUGGGCGUGACUUGCGCCUGGCAAUUAUCGCAUCUGCGUUCUUUCUUCAUCAAGCAGAAAUUAACAUAA